CGGGAUCGUGUCGACGUCUAACAAUAAUAGAGACGUUUUCCGAAAAGGGAUACACUAAAAGACGUUUUCCACAUAACAACACAAUGAUACACGGGGAGACCAGAUAGCUUUAGACAAAAUAAUAAAGUAAACCAGCCCAUAUUAAAGCCCAUUUAAAUUUAUAGAACAAUGCAAUUAAACGUGCGUGAAAAACAACAGACAUAGCUCAACAAGUGUGACAGAUUGACGAUUGACAUGAUCAUAUGCAUGAAAUGACACAGCCUAGCUGAAACAAGCGCUAUGAUCGCUACUAGCGACCCCACGCCACCAUGGCUGAUGAAGAAGUUAUACCUCCAACCUUCCAAGAGAAACUACUAUUCUAUACCACAGCCAGUUUUGUACUCCUCGCCACAUUUAGCCUUUUCGCUUUCUUAUUCUUAGUACCAUUUGUGAUAGAGCCAGCGUUCACGACAAUAUUCAUGCAAUUCGAUCCUGUAGCAGCAUUAUGUGUGACCGCACAAGUAAAACAUUUGGUAGGUGCAAGCAACUGUUCGUGGGCAUCCUGCAGAGAAGGUUGCACCAAGGAUCUAUUUGAAUGCACCCAAAUACGAGUGAACUACAAACUUGGCGAUUAUCCUAAUAUAACAGCGACUGACGUUGAAAAUUUGGUGCGGGUAGAAAGAGCUCUGAGAAAGGAUUACGAGUACGAGAAUUACGAAUCUUCAGCCGACAAAUCAUACCCAGAUAUGCCUGAAGAUCAAGAUUUGCCGGACGUGUUACCCACAGGUCUUCAGGGGAACGACUCAGAAUGGUACUUCACGGGUGCUCGCCUCUUCCCAAACGUGAAAGGGUGUGGUUACCCACCCAUUUUGAAUUGCACGAUUUUCUAUGGGAAGUACAGACCCUUAGGCACAAACUAUACUUGCUACUACAGCAGGGUGGACCCCGGUUUGGUGAUAACCGAAUUGGAUAUGUGGCAGAACACGCUGAAUCUGGUGUACGCGAUGGCUAUACCAAUACCGUCUUUCAUAAUAUCGGUGAUAUAUUUAACGUUUGCGUACUUUAAGAUAUACAAUACUGAGGAGGAAUCUGAACAGGAGCCGUUGAAGAAUGAUGCUGAAGCAAUGGCUACGGGAGAUGAUGAGAAGCCAACAACUCCUGGCUCUGAUACAUUCAGAGAGGAUCUAGCACGGUUUGGGCAUCAAUUGAAAAUGCAGUUAGCAAAUGAGAAUUCAAAAGAAGGUUUUGAAUCCAACAGUCCGCCAAUUUCAAACUCUGCUUCUUUAUCUGGGACCAAGUCAUCCUUCGUGAACGCCUAACCUGAAACUUAACAACAAUAAAUACCACACAAUAGAGAUGACAGGAUUCCUGAAGAGUUCUGAAGUUACCUGAAGGUUACGGUUAUAGAGUGUACCACGAGUUAAGGUGAAUUUAUAUGAAAAAGAAACAAUUUAGGCAGAAUAAUAAGUGGUCGAUUGUGAUUUUGUACAAACAUACAAUAUUAUGUAUAUCUCACUCGUUUACUCCUAUAGGAGUGGAGACGAGUGUAAAGGGGAUAGCUUAAUGAAAAGACGUUCGGAUAUUAUGACGGAUAUAAGCGAAAGAGAUUUUUUAUAACGCGUUGUGAAAUAAAAAUUAUAUGUAUUGAAAUAUGUCGUGGUAAUAAUUUCAAAUCAAGCAAUAUUCCAUACUAAAUUGACAUACGUAA